UUCCCUCCUUUUCCUCCCACCAAAGGAGAAGAAUUUUAUGAAGCCUCCCCGUACGAGCCGGUCACCUCUCGUCUCUCUGAUAUAUUCAGACUCGCUUCAAUUUUCUCAGGAAUGGACCCGGCCACCACCUCCAAGAGCAACCACUGCCUGGACGCGGCCAAGGCCUGCAACCUCAAUGAUAACUGCAAGCGCCUGCGCUCGGGCUACAUCUCCACCUGCAGCCGGGAGCUGUCGGCCACCGAGCCCUGCAGCCGCCGCAAGUGCCACAAGGCCCUGCGCCAGUUCUUCGACCGCGUGCCCGGUGAGUUCACCUUCCGCCUGCUCUUCUGCUCCUGCAAGGACCCGGCGUGCGCCGAGCGCCGCCGCCAGACCAUCGUCCCCUCCUGCUCCUAUGAGGACAAGGACAAGCCCAACUGCCUGGACCUGCGCAGUGCCUGCCGGAUGGAUCACCUGUGCAGAUCCCGGCUGGCCGAUUUCCACACCAACUGCCAGGCCACCUUCCAGUCCCUGACCAGCUGUCCCGGGGACAACUUCCAGGCGUGCCUGGGCUCCUACGCGGGGCUCAUCGGAUUUGACAUCACCCCCAACUACGUGGACGCCAGCACCACCAGCAUCACCAUCUCGCCCUGGUGCUCCUGCAAAGGCAGCGGGAACAUGGAGGAGGAGUGCGAGAAAUUCCUGCGGGACUUCACGGAAAAUCCCUGUCUCCGAAACGCCAUCCAAGCUUUUGGGAAUGGCACCGACGUGAACGUGGCUCCCAAAAAUCCCAAUCCAGCCGUGACGGUGCUUCCGAAGGCGGAGAAGAGCCCGGCGCUGCCGGACGACAUCAACGACAGCAACACCGCGUACGACACCAGCGUCAUCAGCACCUGCACCUCCCUCCAGGAACAAGGCCUGAAGCCCAACAAAUCCAAGGAGCAGAGCCUGUGCUACUCUGAGGCCCAGCUGACCACGGACGUGAUGCCGGACCAGAAGACCUUCACGGAUCCCAAGGGGGGAAGCAGCCGGCGCUGGGAGAGCCAGAUCCUGCUCCUCAUUCCCAUCCUGAUCCUGGCCUUGGGACUAUAGAGGGGCGGGAAGGAGCGGCCGGUGGGACAGGGACGCUCGGACCGGCGCCCACCGGUGCCGCACUUGCGCCGGAGACUGGAACGCUCCCAAAUCCCGGGAAUGCUGAGCUCCGGAGAGGCAGGAGGAGCCCUCACCACGCUGGGAAACUUUGGUGGUUUUCUUCCUACUUUUCAUUUUUCCCAGUUUUGUUUGGUUUUGGUCUUUUCUGGGUCGGUUUUCCGGAGCGGCUCCUGGGAAAACUCCUUGGAAAGGGCUUGGAAUUGGGGUCUGGAGCUGCCAACAUUGCCGGGGAGGGAAAAAAUGUUGGAGAAAAGCUUUGGGAAAGGUGAAUUUCAGGAUUUUUUGUACCGGGGUGACCACAGGGACAACAAGGAUUCUGCAUGGGAACAUCCCGGAGGAUGAAGGUGCCAUCGGGAGCCGCCUGGAGGGGACUCCCAGAUCUCUUCCCAUUGGUUUUUGGGGGAUUUUGGUUGGGAUUUUUCCUCGGAGAGUUUCCGAAUGGAAAAGAAACUGGUGUGAAACGUGUAAGGUUGUGCUGAUGUUUUCAAUCAUUCCAGGAGGAGAGGUUCCAUUCUCCUUCUUUCUAUUUUUUUUUCAGAUUUGGAAUUUGGGUUGGGAGUGGAUUUUGACCCAUCCAGGGUCAGAAUUCCCUAUUUUCCCUCUCCACUUUAUUUCCCAUAUACACAUAACAUACGGAUAUUCCCAUAUACAUAACCCUACCCAUCCUGUGGCUUUUUAAUUCCCAUUUUUCUCUUUAUUUUCUUGAAUUUUUUUUAUUAUUUUUUUUUUGGUUUGUUUCUUUCAAUUCCUAUGAUUCCCACAACUUCCAAAUGUAUUCUUGGAAAAAUUAUUUUUUUUAACGAUGUCUAUAAUGGAAAAAAAACAAAAAACAAACCAAAAUAAACCAAGGAGAACAAAUCAAGAAAUGAAA